AUGAGCUUUGAUUUCGGUGACACAGGGCCUUUUCCAGGCCAACGUCGUCAAGACCCGCUUGCGAACCCAGGCUUUUAUACAAACAACAAUGCCAGCUCAUCAAAGCAGGGGAAUGGUAAUUUCCUUAGAAGGAAAAAGAAUAACAAGAAUCAUGGCUUUGCCGAUGAUGAUGAAGGCGAUGGAGAGGGCAAGGACGUUGCAAUGCCCUCUGAUGCUGCCGCAAAGUCCCUAAACUUUACAGAAUUGACUCAUAUUCGUGAUAGGGGUCGUUAUGGCGGGUUCGAUGCGUUGGAUACUGCUCCCAUUAUCCCAAUGAUGGAAACUCCUCUAGACAUUCAUGGUAAGAAGAACUCCAAUAUCGAAUAUAGAAAAGCAAAGACGUCACAAAAGAAGGCAAUGAUGAGUAAUAUCGCUAAAAUGAAUAACUCCUACCAACACAAUCAUAACUUGCUCAAUCCAAUUGGUAGUAAUGGCAAUGAGAAUCCAGCCAAUCAUUCAGGCUCUUUCAACUCUCACGGUUAUGGUAAUGACCCGUACGGUAAUCAAGGCCCAAGAUCAAUGAGUUUAGCGACAGGUGCCCAAAAGUACCCACCAAACCGCCAAAUGCAUCCUCAAAAUUUUCAACGUAACCAGGGCCCUCCAAACCAAGGACAGCCACCCCGCUCAAUGUCUUUCACCAAUAAUCCAAGUAACUUAAACCCAAUGCGCCAAUUUCCGCCACAAGCUCGCCAACCGGGCCCACCAAUGUCAAAUGACCCAAGAGCCAUGAGCUUGAGCGGUGGUCGUCUUCCGCCAUUUGCCCCAAAACCUAUUCCUCCAAACCAAAGAUUUGGUCCUCAAAGUAGAAAUAAUAGUUUGAAUAAUAUGACAAACCCGAUGAUGGGUAACCAAAUGCAACAAAAUAUGCCUCCUAGAAAUGGAAGCUUGACAAAUAUGCAAAAUCCGUACAAUGCACCAAGAAGCCAAACUAUGGGUAGCAUGAAUAAUCCAUACAAUAAUUUCCCGAGAAAUGGUAAUGGUUCAAAUAUGAAUAACAUGGGUAAUCAACAACAAAAGAUGGCUCCAAGAAGUGGAGCUAUGACAAAUAUGCAAAACCUGAUGGGUAAUGCUGCUCCAAGAAACCAAUCGAUGUCUAACAACAUGCAAAAUCCAAUGGGCAGCGGAGCACCAAGAAACCAAUCAAUGUCGAACAAUGUGCAAAAUCCGUAUAAUAAUGCCCCAAGGAACGGAAGUAUGACAAAAAUGCAAAACCCUUACAACGGGAUGACUGGCAAACCUAUGCAAAAUAAAAAUAGUUCAAGAAAUGGUAGUUUGACUAAUAUGGUAAACCCUAUGCAAAAUAAAAAUAGUUCAAGAAAUGGUAGUUUGACUAAUAUGGCAAACCCUUAUAACAACAACAAUUCACCUGCCAGGAAGCCCGUUACUAGUACUUCAAGAUACCAAUCACCGAUGUAUCAAAAUGCAAAUAGUAAAAGUAACAACAACAGUAGCGGAAGCCUUGUCGAUGCUCCUUCUGCUCCUGCUAUAUCAAGGAGCGCUACGGCUACCCCACCGCCACCACCAAAUAAAGACCAUAGCUCACCAGCAACUAAACAAAAUAAUACUCCAAAAAAGUUGCCAAGAAGCGACAAUAACAGCCCUAGAAAGUCUCCAUUUAAGUACAUCAAUGAGGCCUCCGAUGAUGAAGAGGAAAAUCAACAAAAGUAUCACCGGUCCUCACUUUCUGAAGAAGUGCUGAAAACUAACAAUGCGCGUGGUAAUGAAAAUGGCCGAGGUAAAUUAAAAGAGUUUCUAAUGGAUGAUAACGAGGAAGAGAACCCGAGAACUCUUUCUGGUGGUACUAAUCUUGCAUCGAAAAAUAUUACAUCUAAUCCUUAUGCACAGAACGAAAGAAGUACUACAACUCGCGAGGAUCAAUUUGUUGCGGAAAAUAAUCCUGGAACAAAUUCUUCUGUUAAACCAACUUCUCAAGGAACAAAUUUUGAUUAUAGUGACAAUUAUAUUGAUGAAGACGAUGAUGACGAUAUGAACUACUCCGCUUAUGAUGCUGUCACCAAGACAAAACAAUCCACCAGUGCAUCCUCCAAGCCAAAAUCUGGCCUUCGUCGGUUCAACGACAGUUCAGAAGAUGAAAUAGAAAAAGUUGAAGUCAAGCCGCCUUCCGCUAAAAAACCUUUGCGUCGGAAACCGCCUCAGAACAGUCCAGAACCAGCCAGACCAAAAUCACGUCAAGAAACUAUUGAUACAUUGGAAGGUUCGCCGUCCCAAUCACGUCGCUCAUUCAGUGGCUCCAAUAGUUUGUUGUUCAAAAAACGGAGUACUAAAACGGCUCCUGAGGCUAAGAAGAAUAAUUUUAUGGCAAAGCUUGAAGCGUCCAUUGAUGACUCUAUCGGUCAAGUAGAUGGUAACAGUAGUACUAUUCAGCCGAACGGUACUAGUGGAUAUGAUUAUAGUGCUCGUAUGUCACGAAGCAACUUUAAGACAAUCUUAUCACCUGAAAUUCCAACGGAAGCAACGUUUGAUAACUCCACGAUUCCAAGUACUAAUUCUAACAACAAGCGGAUUAGUGAGGUUCCAAGAGAAUCAAUCAACCGCAAUUCAUUCAGUCAAGUGCCUGUGUCAAACAAGACCUCAUCAGUUCUUUCUUCUGAUUCUGAUGCGAAAGAUAGCAGUUCAAGCAAUAACCGUAACAGUGGUAUUGCUGGUGGGUUCCUUAAGAAGUUAGGUCUCAAGAAGAAUAGAGAUAAGCAUCGUUCGAAAGGUGAUUCCAAGUUCAAUUCUCGAACCUCCUACCAAGGAGGGCCUUCCGCUGAUGCCACUAACAAGAACCCCUCUAAUGGCUCUGGAAAUUUGUUUUCCAGUUUCAAUAGCAAUAAGGUAGAAGAGACGAGCUACAAUCAUGAUGUUUAUAACUUGAAAGAAGAAAAGGCUGCAUUAUUUUCCAAACCUGAAGCAAAAAAACAAUCUUCAAAGCCACUCUCACAAGACGCUUGGAAAUCCAGUCCUACUAAUAAUGAUUAUGAUGACCUAAAUGCUCCAAGCUCUUUUGGUGUUGUGGCUGAUAGCAAAAGCUCCUCGAUUGGAAAGAAAGAAAGUAACUCUAAAUUUACAUUGGACGAUGGUUCUGAUUUGCUCAAUGAAAAGCUGUUUGGUGAUUCUCUUAGUGGAGCAUUUGAUGACAUUGAAAAUAAAAUAGACCAAGAGAUUUUGAAUUCUAAUCAAAAAAUGACUUCUCCAAAGACUGAGAAAUUUGAUGUUUCUGCUUCAAAGCUUGAUAACCAUAAUAGUUCUAAUUUUGGUGGUAGUACUAAUCCAUUCAGUGUCAAUGACAGUGCUAGCUUUAGAGAUUCCGAACUUCAGGCUAAAGCAGAAGUUGAAGGUGAAUUUAUUAGAAUGGGCCAUAAUCUUAGAAAGAUCUGUUUAGAUGAUACUGAAGAUUUCAACUAUCAAGGUGUUGGUCAAAGCAAACCGAAGGAUUUGAAUAAUGGUGCUAGUAUUGAAAGUCCAAAGAAAAUGAUUCUUUCCAGUAAUCGCUUGAAUUUGAGCGUUGAGCAAAUGGGUAUCAUGGAGGCAAAUCAAUCACUUAUUAAUGAAUUACAAUUGAUGACCAAGGAACUUACUGAUUCCAUUCAACGUGAAGUAAAGCUUGAAACUGAUUUGCGGAACCGCAAGCUUAAUCUUGAUAAUGGGAAUGGUGUAGGCGGCACUACCAAAGUUGAAAGUUUAGAGACCGAAGUGCGUGAAAAAUCGAAAACUAUUGCAAAUUUGAUGACUGAACUUAAUGACGAGCGCAAAAAGCGGAAAAUCGCUGAAGAAAAUGUUCUUCUUUGGGAAUCCACUAAUGAUGUUGCCCCAAGCUUUUUGAAUCUCAGUUAUGAGAAGUCCCAACUUCAAUCACAGUUGAUUGAUAAGCAGGAACAGAUAAACCAGCACAAACAGCUUAUCUACCAGUUCGAUGCCGAAAAGCAACAGCUCAGGGAAAAGUAUGCAGAAUUUGAAGCAGAGAACACCAAGUACAAGAAAAAGGUGGUGCCAGACCUCACCAAUGAAAUUGAAUUAUUGCGUAAUAAUGAGUACCAAAUUUCCAAGAAAUAUCUGGACCAGGCAAAUUAUUACCAACAAGAACUUCAGUCACUCAAGCUUACGCUCGCAAACUAUGAAUCUGGAGCUACAAAGGUACCGGGUGCGUCUGCCAAUGGGUUGGGUGAAGCAGAAAUUGAAGGGCAGCGUGAUGCACUCCGUGAAGCUCUCAAGAAUUUGAAAGAAUCCAAAGAGAAAGAGAUCAAGGAGAUAACUAUGCAAUUGCGGGAUGCCCAAGAUCAUAAUCAAAAUUUGGAAAGCAAGGUGAGUAAGCUAUCUCAUUUAAAUGAGAAAUUGCAGGAGAAGUUGUUUGGUUGA